UUACACAUCAACAACUUGCCUAAAGCUAUAUAUACAUAUAUAUAUAUACCUAAGCCUCGAAGGUUAAGUGACAGGACACAUCCAAGGACAAAAGAGAGAAACCUUCUGCUUGCCCUCUCUCUUGCUCUCUUCAUUGAUGGCUUCUGUCCCUCACUUCUACUUCGAUUAUCAGUUUUCUCCUGAGGGUUUCUCAAAUAUUACGUCGGCAAUUGCUCAAGAUGGUACAUUUCUUAGCACUUCUACUCCCACAAUUUCAUGUGGUGCAAUUUCUACUACUGCUAGUGCAAUGUUAGGCCCUGAGCAAAACCAGCCUUAUCACGGAGGUCUUGAAUGUUUAUAUGAUAAUAAUGGAGGAGUUGAGUGUUUCCCAGUCGAGUAUGAUAUCUUAUCACGGGUUCCAAUGACGACGACCACUCCUUUUACAGAGCAACUUGGGGUUUCCGAGUUGGAUGUGCCCUCAUUCAUGGAUUACAAAAUGGGUUUUAGCGGCCUUGCUAAAAUUCAAAACUUUGGAGGCAGAUUUCAAUAUUCAGAUACUUAUGAGUAUGGAGAGGAUUGUUGUGGGUUUCUACAAAAUGGCAAGUCCGUCUCUCCUGAGUCUGGAGAAAAUUGGAGAAUCCAAUGCAAUCAAAUGCCAGCCAUAGAACACACCAAUAUAAAGGUAGGCCGAUACACAGUGGAAGAGAGGAAAGAUAGAAUUUUAAGGUACUUGAAGAAGAGAAACCAAAGGAACUUCAAUAAGACCAUCAAGUAUGCUUGUCGCAAAACCCUAGCUGAUCGAAGAGUCCGUAUAAGGGGAAGAUUUGCAAGGAAUAAUGAAUUAUGUGAAGACGAAAUUAUUGAGAAAAAGAGUGAAAAUCAUCUUCAAGAAAAAGAUUCAUAUAGCAAUGAUGCUUUCGAGAUGAAGAACGAAGAUGAUGAUGAUUGGGUGCAAGAGGCUGUAGCAAGUCUAAUAUAUGUACCAUAUAUAGCUGGGUGACUUGCAUAAAUAUAUGAGCAUUGAAAUUAUAACAAUCAACAUUAACAGUGACAUGAAGCUCUGGAAUUGUAAAUCAUCAUAUUUUAAUUAAUAAUUGCUUGAGU